GUCGUAAUAUUAUAUGUGUAGGGUAGAUCAAGCUGAGAUGAGUCAGUCGGAAUAAAUAGCUAUCAAGUCGUUGACGUGUUUUUAAUAGUUCCUCACUCCAUUAUAAGAAGUAACAGUGGCGCAGUCCGAACUUACGUUUAAAAACAAAACUUUAAAUAAUUAAAAUGACUAGUGUGUCAGUUGGUGUGUUAAAUAUUUUUAACCACGAGAUACAAGAGUGGGGGUCAUAUAAAGGUCGUUUGGAACAAUGGUUUCAAGCGAACGCAAUCACGGCUGCCGAAGAUAAAUCGGGAGCAAGACGACGUGCUAUUCUACUCAGUAGUUUAGGAGAAACUACUUACCGACUCAUCCAGGACUUAGCACUCCCGAAGGACGUGGGAACGCUGUCCUAUGAAGAGGUCACCGAGUUAUUCGACGGCCAUUUUCAACGGAAAACAUGUAGCUUUGCGGAACGGUAUAAGUUCCACAGCGCAGUUCAGGCGCCAAGCGAAUCAUUCUCCGAGUGGUCGGCCCGUGUACGUGGCCUGGCAAAGGAUUGUGGGUUCCCGCAGUCGUCCUUGGAAGACACUCUUAGGGACCGUUUCGUCCUUGGAAUGGCAAGUGGACCAGAGCGGGACCGUUUAUUCACGGAGCCCAUGGAGGGCUUAUCGCUGCAGAAGGCACUACAGUUGGCUGAGAACAUCCGCUGCGCCCGGGAGGGUGCGCGGCACGGCGGCGCCCCGGGGCCGGCGGCGCUGGAGGUGCACAAGCUGGCGGCGACGGCGCGCGGCCGCGGCGCCCCGGCUGGGGGCGAGCCCCGGCCUCGCUGGGGCCCGGCCGCGUCUCCGGGACCUUCUCGUUCUGCUGAACGUUGUGACGUGUGCGGCUAUGUCGGUCAUUUAGGCAAAAAGUGUCGUUUUAGGAAUGCCGUGUGUAAAAUAUGUGGAAAAAAGGGGCAUUUACAGCGUGUGUGUGGAAACAAUAAUACUGGAAAUCAGCAUUUCUUACAGUGUUGUUCGGAUGAUGAUGAUGUCCUUACAGGCUAAAUAUUAUAAAGGAAAAAGAAACAUUGACUUUAAUAUUAAUGAUAUAGUGUUAGUUAAAAUUCACCAAAACGGUAAAUCAAUUUGGACUAAUGGUGUUAUUAAUAAAAAAAUUGGGAGAUCUGCCUAUCUGGUAUCUUUAACUGGUUACGAUUAUAGAAUUGUGAAAAGACACAAAAACCAGAUUUAUGAAUCGAAGGGGGAGAUGGAGGUGUCACCUUCACCGACUGCUACAGGGUCCUCGCAUGGAGGUGCAGACCGAGGUCCGAGUCUACAACCGUCUCAACAGGACAGUACGAGUGCAGACUGGCUCACACCGGCACUGUCAUCUGCUCCAGUCACAAGUGCCGACCCACCCGCGGAGGCGUGUUCCCAGACUAUACCCGAGAUGGUACACGAUGUGGACCCAGUCCAGCUACCAGAUGUUCGGCAGGGUGUGACUGCUGACCCUGAGGAGUGGGCCGACUGCCAGGAGGCGACCCCGGCGCCGCCGCCCGUGGCCGCGCCUGGGCCAGCGGGGGGCGAGCCCGCGCUUGUUACGCGUGCAGUCCCGCGAUAUAAUUUGCGUCCGCAUAAACCAGUUAAUUAUAAGGAUUAGAAUAAAUUGUUUGUAAAUAUUGGUGGAGGGAUGUUAGUCGUAAUAUUAUAUGUGUAGGGUAGAUCAAGCUGAGAUGAGUCAGUCGGAAUAAAUAGCUAUCAAGUC